AUGACAACCCUAUCCGACUUCACACGUCUCUCCCCUUGUAUCUACAUCCACGACCCCUCCGAAUCCACCACAUCAUCCUCAUCAUCUUCCCUUCUCCCAAAAACCAAAUCCUCCCCCAAAUCCCCUGACCUUAUCCUCCUCACCUCCUGGCUCAACGCUUCCCCAAAACACAUCUCCAAAUACACAACUCUCUACCACACCCUCCAUCCAGACACCCCCAUCCUCCUCCUCACAACCUCCACCCCCCACAUCUUCACCUCCUCCACUAACUCCCUCACCCGUCUCACCCCCGCUCUCAACAUCCUCUACAAAUUCCCCACCAACUCCCAAAUCCUCGCUCACUCCUUUUCUAACGGCGGAGCAUUCACUCUCUCGAUUCUCGCGCGCGAAUUCUAUCGUGCGCUAGGAAGAUCCCUUCCCAUCACUUCUCUGGUCCUAGAUUCAUCCCCGGGAAAAUUCAGAUACAGAGCUACUGUUUCUGCAUUUUCGCUUGGGUUUCCGCAAUUCUGGAUGGUGCAUUUUCUGUGUAUGAGUUUUUUGUAUGCGCUUUUUGGGGGGUAUAAAAUUUUAUUGAAACUGUUUGGGGGGAUGGAUUUGAUAGAGAGAAUUAGGAGGGAUCUUAAUGAUGAGGUUAUUUUUGGGAGGGAUGCGAGGAGGUUGUAUGUUUUUAGUGAGGGGGAUGCGAUGGUGAGGUGGGAGGAUGUGGAAGAGCAUGCGGAGGAGGCGGGGAGGAGGGGAUUUGGAGGCAACGAUGGGGUGAUGAGAGUGAGGUUUGGGGAGACGACGCAUUGUGGACAUUUGGUUGGAAAGGAGAAUAGGAGGAGGUAUGUUGGGGCUUUGGAAAUGGUUUGGGAGGGGAGGGGAUGA